AUGUCCAGUUUGCUCGUUUUGGGAUCGACAGGUCUUGUCGGCACCGAAGUCAUAAAACACGGCCAGGAAUCGCAAGCAUUCAACAGACUAAUCACACUUACAAGACGCCAACCAAACUUCGCCACCACCACCACCACCACGGGGGAGGAGACCAAAAUUGAAUCCGUGGUUGAACCAAAUACGUCAACAUGGCCCACGAUAAUCAAAGACUUGAAGCCCGGCGCACAUGCGUACAUCUCGGCAUUUGGCACGACUCGAGCUAAAGCGGGCUCAUCGCAAAAUUUCAAAGAUAUAGACUACGGCAUCAAUUACGAAAGCGCCAAAGCAGCUAAGGCCCAAGGUGCCAAAGUGUGUGUAUUGGUGUCUGCUUAUGGCGCAAGUGCCAAAUCCCCAUUUCUCUACAUGAAAACUAAAGGUGAAUUGGAAGAUGCUAUUAUUGCGUUAAAGUUCCCAUAUACUAUAAUCUUAAGACCGGGGGUCUUGUUAGGCGAGAGGAAAGAAGCACAUGGUUUUGCGAAUGAUUGGGCCCAGAAAAUUGGUGGUUGGAUCCAGGGAACUUGGUUCUCGCCCUUGAUGCAGCCUAUUGAUGCUAGUGAUGUGGGCAAAAUCGCGAUCGACUUUGCGCAAAGGGGGUUGACUGAUGAUUUGAGGGAGAGCGUUUUGACUGUUAGUGGAGCUGAAUUGAAUGAGCUUGUUAAUGAUUUCAAGGUUGUGUAA